GACACUUGUGAGAAACUGACUGAAAUACAAAUGGACUUGGUGGACGACAUUGACCAGGAAUGUCACGACCUUGAAGGUCAAGGUCACAUUACAGAAGAUGAAGAAGCUGAAAUGUUAAGCAGUAUGGAAAAGGAGUAUAUAGCUCAGACUCAGCGACUGAGUGAGGAAGAAACGAUGGAUGAAGAAGAGGAAGAAGGAAACAGUGAGCCAAAACUCCUUACUCCUGUCACAGAAGAAAGUGAGACUGACAGCUUAAAGAAAGAUACUGUGGAGCAGCUGCCAUUGGACAUACAGUUGGAGAAGAAGACUGGGGAUAUUAUGGUGGAUUCUGGCUUGGCCCAGUCUGUAUAUUCAGAGGGAGGUCUGGAGGUGAGGGGAAGAGGGAAAGAGAGACCAUUGUCAAUGAUAUCUGUUUCAAGUGUUGAUACAGGCUAUCAACCAGAUACAGACUCUGAUGCGGGCCUGUUGUCUCCAGUUGGUUGGUCAGAGAGCAGGAGCCUAGUGUCAGGACACCAUCUUCUCCCUGCUGGUGGCGGGGUUGGCGGCCAUGUCAGCGAUGCCAUGAGCUCCAGUCAGAUGACCCAGGCAGACGGCCUGAUGAGCCUCAGUCAAAUCUCACAGCCCGAUGUGAUGAUGAUGAGUUCCUUGGAUGGUUUGGAGAGGGGAGAUGGCUCCUUGAGAGAUUCAACAUUUACUGCAGCUACAUCAUCAAAUGUGCAUGGAGACCAUGACCUUGAACUCGCUCAGAGUGACAUUGAUGAACUUAAGGUCACAGGGGCAAGCAGCGAGUUGGAGAUGAAGAAAGAGACCAGUGACACUGAGAGCCAGCAUGACCUGGCCCUUGAGCAAGAGGAACUAGCACAGAUGUUAUCCACUGAAGAAGCUAUCACAGAAGAUGAAAUUGUGUCUGUUCCAAAUAAUGAGACUGAACAGGAACCAUUGCAAAUAGAACAGGGGUUAGCACUAAAUCUAGAUAUGUUGGAGGACAAUGAGAGCACAGAAGCACAUCCUGCCUCUUUGGAUGUCACAUUACAGGAGACUGAAGAAGAUGGAGAAACCACACAGGAUGAAGGUGUUGCCACUGCUCCAGAAACAGACACAGAGCAUGCUGCCCUGGACAUGAGGGAACGAGAGAAAGGACCAGAUCAAGUGGAGGACACUGACACAGAACAGAGGGAGGGAACCCAGGAGAAAGAACAGCUUUCCAAGAAAAAGACAAGUGUCACUAAGAAGCCCUCACCAGGAAAGCUUGAUGGGAAAAGAAAGGAAGAGCUUGCAAAACCAAAAAGGACAAGUUCACCUCGAAACAAAAAAACACCAGAAAAAAGUGAGCUGAAAAAACCAAACACUAAAGUCAGUUCUCGUCUGGCAGAUUAUAUUCAUAAACCAGUUGCAGAAAAAUCAAAUGACAAAUCUAAAGAUGCUGUGGAUUCUAAGUUGAAAAAGAAUGCAUCCAACAAGCAAAAAAUAGAGGGUAGAGAAAUAGCAAAAACACAAUCAGAAGACAAGAAAAGUUUCAGAAGGAGUCCCACACCUAAAAAAGAGGAACCAAAGAAGAUAAUCAAAAAAGCACCAGUUAAAAAUAAGUGGGAUAAUAUUAUGUCUCAACUAGAGGCCAGUAAGGAACAAGACAAGCACAAACCGAAGUCUGAAGUGAAAAGUAAACUUGCACCUAUGAUUGAAGCAAGUCCAGUCACUACACACUCCCCUGCUGCAAAAAACUCUCCAAGAGCAAGAAGUGGAAGUAAUGAAAAGAGGGCAUCUACACCUAAAGCUGAUUAUACUAAAGUGAAGAGUAGGAUUGACACCCACAGUUCAGUACCUAUACAAAAGAGGAAAGUUUCUCCAAGAUUAUCUGCAGGUUUAACCAAGGAGCGCAGGGAGUCCACGGGGUCCCAGAUGAGUUCCACUCGCAGCAGUAGAUCUGAUCUCAAUGCUUCUGUAAUCGAGUCCAAGCAAGAAAAACCCAGCAACAAGUUGACCCAGAAUUUGAAAAAUGAAGAAAAAUCUCUCAGCAGAACCAGCAUUAACUCUGAUACCUCACAGAUGUCAACUGUCUCAGUAACCGCCAGUGUCACCUCUUCUCAGGGAUCUGUCACCAAACAAGGUCGUAACCAUGACAAUGGCAGCAGCUCGGCAGUGCCACCUCAGAAACGCAGAUCACUUAUUGUACCACCAUCAAAAACGAGUCCAGCAGAAUCCAGAAGAGGUGCAAGUACUACAGCCAGCUCAGGGAAAACUGCCCCAAAAACUGCUGGAAAGAAAACAGAAACAGGACCACAGAGCCCAGCCACCAGUAACAAGAAACCACUGAAUCAAAACAAGAACAGGACGGUCAGGUCAGUGGUCAGCCUCAAGCCAAGCAGUGCAAACCAGCCAGAUGUGGUCAAGCACUCCUUGACCAGAUCUCGAGCCAAUGCUGCCCAGGAGAUCAGCCGUCUUGAGGCACUGUGUGAGCAAAGGACCAAGGAGCUGAACCUGCUGAAGCUAGAGCUCAAGGCCAGCCUCCUGGGAUUUGACGCCAUGACGGUGACAGUUCGAUAUCUGACGGAAGAGUUGGAUGGUUUUUCCUGUCCCCGUAUAGCAGCACAACUAAAGGACACUCAGGAAUCCUUGGCACAGGCACAAGCAGAAAUAGCUGAAUUGAAACAAGACAAAUGCCACCUCCAGGAUGAAGUAAUCUCCCUGACCAAGCAACAUGAGGAGAAGGUGGAUUCCAUGAAGUCACACCACACCAAGACAGUGCAGAACUUACGACAUACUGCAGAGGAAGACAAGGAGAGGGAAGUGCAGAGAAUAAUUGACCAGCACUCCCAUGAGGUGACCACACAAAGGGCCUACCAUGAGCGAAGAGUGGCCGAACUGACCGCCGAGUAUGAUCGGAAACUGAAGGAAGUCCAGGACAAGAACCAAGACAUACUGGAACAGAUAAAAAUUGAACAGCAGGAGCAAAUACAAGAAUUACAGAGAAAUCAUGAAUUGAGACUAGAAGAAAUCACAAACAAGUUUGAAGAUAUCAAAUCCUCUCUACUUAACAAAGUAGAAACCUUGCGACUAGAAUGCGAGGAAAUGCGUGAGAGGACAAAGGAAUACGAAGAAGCACUGCAGCGCGACUCUGAUGUGAAGGUUGCCUUGGCUCUCGCUCCGUACAAUCACUUGCCAGCCGAGAUCGACAGUUUGAAGACCGUGAUCGAGAUGCGCAACAUGGAGAUCCAUGAUCUAAGGAGACAUAAUUUAGAACAGUCAAAACAGUUGGAGGAACUGCAAAUUGCUAAGGAGAAGAACAUCGCACUGGAACAGAAAAUUGAAAACCUAGAAGCUAUCAUAAAUAUCAAAUCUGACUACGAAAAACAACUGUCAGAGAAACAUCAAGUUCUCAUGAGACGAUACGAUCGUGAAUCAAAAGCAAACAAGCGCCUGUCAAUGGACAAGGAGGAACUUGUGUGGCGUAUUAGUAACAGUGAUCUCAGCCAAUCAGUGGACUUUGGCAGCAGUGGAAAUGUACGACGGCAAAUCAGUCGUUCUCCUACCAGCAGCGAGCCUGGGACACCAGAUGGCAGCAGGCGCCAUGCAAGAAAAUCCCCACUAAGCACAUCGCCUGCUGGCAGUGACUUUAUUUGCUCUCCCACACAUCGCACUAGUCACAAGAGGAGAUCUGGGUCACACAUGAGUGACGAUCACUCACGGCCCACGUCGUCUGCUUCAGAAAUGGAUGAAGAGAGGGAUGAUCUCAAGUUCCAAACAAUGUAAGACUGCAGUGCUGUUCCCAGUUAUAAAAAUGGAAGUCUGAAUUUACUAGGAUGUUUAAAACUAAUGUUUAAUCAUGUGUGGAAUUUAUGUAUUCAGAAGUGAAAUUGAAGAAAGAAUAAGAUAUGAAAGUGUUAUUUAAGGUAAAAGAACUUAAGUAUAAAACAGUAAAACUUGGCAUGUGUGAUUUGAUAUUUUAUCAUCUGAAGUUUUGAUACAAAAAUUGUCAGAUAAAUUGAAAUGAUGUUAGAUUCUUGAAAUAAAUAGGUGAGUGCAGAAACUACAUGGACAACAGUACAUCAAGUUAGACUUGGUAAAUCCAACAAUAAUACAAUUUUAAUAGACUUUGUUUUUGGUCACAACUACAAUAUUUUCGCUUACCACGUACAUGUACCAGUACAUGAAUUACUUAAAUGCAACAUUUUUCAAUCAGAUAAAAAAGAGAACCUUUACUAUUAUAAAAAAAACAAUUGAAAUUGUUUGCUUUGUUUAAAAGGUGCUAUGUGAACAAGUAAAUUAGGAGAAGGAGAGAGAGCAUUUCUUUUUUGUGUAAAAUAGUAGUACAAGUGAGUAAAUGUCACAAUAUAGUGUUUUAACUGUAACAUGACACCGUAAUAUGUAUAAAGUUUUUUUCUAAUGAAUGGUAUUACUGAAUUGUACAGUGCAUCUAGAUUUGAUUAUUCAGCAGAGAAAUAUGGUUAUAACCUUAAGUAAGCAAAAGGUGGGAGAGAUAUUUUCCUGUUGCUUGAUGAUAAUGGAGAAGGAAAUAUAUUGUAAAGGGAUUUGAAUGUUAUAUUCAUAAAAUAUUGAAAGCAGCUGAAAUUGACCAGGAAAUUUGUACUUAUUUUUCGUUUCAUCCUUGGAAUUCAACAUCUGUUUUUAUGAAUAUUUUAAGGUUAAUACUUGAAAAUUUGCAAAUCACAAAUGUUCCUUUUUAGUCAAGUAGCUCUUGCUUUGGGAAAAAUCAGCAGUAAAAUCAGGGACAUAGAUAUCAUUCCAGAAUAUUACAAACAGUUCAAAACAGUGCUUUGAACUAUAGAUUGCACUUCACAAGUAUGCUAUAAAAAAGCACAAGCUAUCAAAAUACUUCUUUUAAAUUACAGAAUUGGGUAGCUUAAACUGUAAUGUAUACAACUCUACCCUUGAAUGUACUUUACAAAAUGAAAGCAGGGAACUCAAUAACUUUCAGUCAUCAGUGGGACAAUAAUUGUCAAAGUGAGCAUAUAUGAAUAUAAUUAAACAUAAGUAGUGAAUAUCACACUCAUUUUUCAACAACACGCAGGGUGCUUUUUAUUUUUAAUUGCCCCUGUAUAUUCAGUAGCUGGUGUAGUACAGUGUUCUAAAUGCCCCAUUUCUUUAAAAAAAGCCCCAUAAAAAAUAUUUCGAUUAAAAGGCUGUAUAAAGUGAAAGGUGUACAGCGUAAAAAAAAAAAAAAGAGAAAAGCUUAAGCAGCUACAAUGAAUCAGCAGAAAGCAUUUUGUUAUAUUGGCACAAGGUUUGGAUACUGCCAUCUCUUUUAUUUAUAAUUUUUUAUGUUUAUCUAUUUUUCUUAUGCACAUAUGGCAAAUGACAAGAGCAGAUUAAAUUAUAUAAGACUGUAGCAAUUAUGUGCUGUAUAGUAGCAGUUUGUUGCAUGUCAUGAAUUAUUUAUAUGUGACACUAUUGUUGGCCUGACUAGAAAUAUUUUGUCAAUGAAAGUAUAAUUUCCAUGUAAUAAAACUGUUCAUCUUUUAUUUAUUAAAAUAUGUCAAAUAUACGGUGCCAGUGGGUUUGCUUAUGUCUUUGUUCAGUGGCAUGCUUGUUGGCUAUACACUAUACCCUUGUCAUCUUAAAUAUUUAAUUGUAUGUGAAUAUAUACAAUUGGGAUGAAUAUUUUGGCCACAGUUGACAAAAUAUUUUUUUAUCACAGUAGUCAAAAAUAAGUAAAGCCAUAUCUGUACAUUCAAGGUGAUUCUUGGCCUUUCACCUCAUCCCUAUUAGGUCUGGGUGACCUUCAACUUUGACCUUUUGGGUUAGAUCAGAUCAGAUGACCAUUCACCCUUGACUCAGGUGUGAUUGGUUAAGUUCAGAGUCAAUGUGCACUUUGACUUUUUGUAGGAAGAAAUAGUACAAGUCAUAUCUUAAAAAACUUUCCAGUUAUUUGGAUACUGAAUUUUUCUUUUACACUGUUUAUAACAAAUGCUUUCAAUGGAUGCCUAUAGUUGUACAUUGUACAGUUAAUACAGUGCAAAAUGAAAAAAA